UUUCCACCUCGCCAUAUAUAUAUAAAACAAAGGGAACAAGAGUGAAAUAAGAACAAAACAUAAUAAUAAUAAUAUAACAGUAAGGGGUUAAGAAGGGUUUUUCCCGCUAUCAAUAAGGUAAGAAAGGGUAAUUGGAGAGAAGUGAGAAUGCUUACCAAUGUGUCUUUGGAGGCGGCCAAUAUUGAUCCUUCGUUUGGCGGUUUAUGACAGAUUGACUACUUGGACCAAACUACACGUUCAAGAAUGACAGAUUGAAUACUUGGACCAAACUACACGUUCAAGAAGUCAUUAAACAUGCUUGUUCAACCUUUUCUCUGGCAGGGGCAUAGAAGGAAUAAUGAAGUGGCUUGACUUCCAAUCAUUCACUGGCGUCAACAAUACUUGCCAUGCCCCUUUGAUCUCGUUAAUGACAAGACUUUUUCCAAGAAAAAUUAGAAAAUUAGAAAAUUUUAUAAACUGAUUCUCUUCCAAGAUACCCUUGAUGAAAAAAAGAAGAAAAAAGGGCAUGCCUUCUUUCAAUGUCUCCAUGAUCCUAGUAAUUCUUUCCUUGCUUAGUUUCCUUAGCCUCACCAGUGCACAAGCCCCAAUUUACCGCUACCAUUCCUGCUCAAAUGAAUCCACUUUCACCCCCAACAGCACCUACCAGUUUAGCCUCAACCACCUGCUAUUUUCCCUUUCCUCCAAUGCCACGCGUGAAAGUGGUUUCUACAACGCCACUGCCGGCCAAACCCCCGCCGCCACAAUUUACGGCCUCUUCCUCUGCCGUGGCGACAUCACCACGGAUGCCUGCAGAGACUGCGUGGCAACAGCAACCACAGAGAUAGUUCAGCAGUACUGCCCUGUAGGAAAAGUGGCAGUGAUAUGGUAUGACGACUGCAUGCUACGCUACUCAAACCGGUCAUUCUUUUCCACCAUGGAGGAAGAGCCCAGCUAUGUACUGUUGAAUCUUAGGAAAUUAACAGAGCAAGACAGCUUCGGUAAGCUGGUGGAAGCCACGUUGAAUGACUUGGUGCCUCAGGCUGCAAAUGCCCCAUCCGGUGUUAAAAAGUUUGCUACCAAAGAAGUCAGUUCUAUGGAAUUCCAAACGCUCUACAGCCUUGUCCAGUGCACCCCUGACAUAUCCAGCUCUGAUUGCAAUAUGUGUCUUCGUGGAGCCAUGACAAAGCUACCCAAGUGUUGUGAUGGAAAUCAAGGAACAAGAGGGGGCAGAGUUCUGUAUCCGAGUUGUAAUCUUCGGUACGAAACAAACCCGUUUUACCAGAUACAAUCUGUCCGCACACUGUCACCAACACCAACACCAAUGAGUCGGGUCACAAGAUCAAAAGGAAAAAUUAUCACCAUCGCCAUCGUUGUCCCAAUUGCUGUCUCUCUGGUGCUAUGUGCUAUGAUCUACUACUUGCUAAGACGGAGAGCAAGAAAGAAGUACAAUGCUCUACCAGCUGAAAAUGGAGCUAGUGGAAUUACAAGCAUAGAGUCCUUGAAAUUUGAUUUGGCUACAAUAGAAGCUGCCACACACAAAUUCUCAGAUGAACAAAAGCUGGGUGGAGGUGGAUUUGGUGUAGUUUACAAGGGGAUAUUAUCCAAUGGACAAAAAAUAGCUGUGAAGAGGCUCUUGAUGAAUUCAGAACAAGGUCCAGACACAAAGGAAUUUAAGAAUGAGGUUAUUUUGGCAGCCAAGCUUCAUCAUCGAAACCUUGUGAGAUUAUUGGGAUUUUGCAUUGAAGGAGAGGAAAAAAUACUUGUCUAUGAAUUUGUGCCCAACAAAAGCCUCGACUAUUUUCUAUUUGACUCUAAAAAGCAAAGACUAUUAGAUUGGUCAACACGGCACAAGAUCAUUGAAGGAAUUGCUCGAGGAAUUCUUUAUCUUCAUGAAGAUUCUCAACUUAAAGUUAUACAUCGUGAUCUUAAAGCUAGCAACAUACUAUUAGACGAGGACAUGAAUCCUAAAAUUUCAGACUUUGGUGUGGCAAGGAUUUUUGGAGUUGAUCAGACCGAAGGAAAUACUAGUACAAUUGUUGGGACAUAUGGUUACAUGUCCCCAGAAUAUGCAAUGCAUGGACAAUUCUCUGUAAAGUCCGAUGUAUACAGUUUUGGUGUCCUAAUACUAGAGAUUUUAAGUGGCAACAACAGUUCUUCUUUUGAUCAAUCAGACACCGCUACGGACCUAUUGACCUCUGCUUGGAACCAUUGGAUCAGUGGAACAUUCUUGAAGUUGUUGGAUCCAAGUUUGAGAGAUUCUUACUCAACAAAUGAAGUCAUUCGCUGUAUCCAUAUUGGCUUACUGUGUGUUCAGGAAAAUCCAGCCGACAGACCCACAAUGGCAUCAAUAAAUCUCAUGCUUAACAGUAACACUGUUACUCUUUCAUCACCUCAAAAGCCAGUGUUUUUCCGUCAUAGAAAAUCAGAGCCAAACAUGCCAUAAAGGAGCAGGAGUCAGCUCAAUCUACAAGACUACUAGUAAGGCAAUGCCAUUGCCAGUAGCAAGGUCUUCUUAAAAAUUUGUCAUGUCAUGAACCAGACAAGAAAGAAAAUAAUGGGGAAAAUACGCCCCAAUGCAUUUACAUAAGCUUGGUUGUUUGACAUCUUAACAGUAUUUUACUCAUCAAAUUGUUUGAUUUAACGUUAAAUUUUGAUAAAAAUGUUGGCAUUACAAACUUGCUAAUGAUGCAACA